GUUAUUCUAAAUCAGCUGUUUUGUCAUUAACUCUUAUCAUUUUAAACAAUCCGUGUGUUUUUAUUAAGAAGCAUUGAAACAUGGAAGAAGUAGAUAAUAUAAUAAUAGACUCGCUUCGAAACAUUAACUGUAAUAUUGAUGAAGAAGUAGCUUCACUAAAAUCCUUCUCUGAAGAUGAUGUUACAUUGGCAAUUGUAUCCUGCCUAGAAAUUAUAAUACCUAAUGUUAAACUACCUACAAAGAUGCCUGCAUCAAUGAGUGCUAGACUGAAAUAUACAUCACAGCUUGUUGAACACAUCAAAUCUCUAGGAUUUAGAGGUGACAUUGGCUAUCAAAGCAUUUUAUACUUCAAUGAGAUUGAAAUCAGAAGAAUAUUGAUGUUUUUGAUUGAAAGAUUGCCCAGAGAAAACAGCAAAGUAGCUGUUACAGAAACUAUUGGAUAUGUUCCCAUGUUAGUCAAAGAGAUUGAAGAUAAAGUAAGAUUAGCUUUGUGUCAGACUUGGAUUCCACCAGGUUUGCUGCAAAGUGGUGCCAGGAUUGUCAAUGGUUUAGUUUUACAACAAAGCUUUUCAAAUAGCAUUCCAUUAACAUGUAAGCACAUAGAAAUUCCUCAAACAAAGAAUGCCACUGAGGAAUUAAAAGAUUACUGGGUGCAUUGUCUGCCUGCAGUUACACAGCAGUGUAGUAAAGCACAGCUGAUUCCGUCGUUACUUUAUAAUGGUGAUGAUUUAGAUUUCUUGGACAGCAGACUGAAACAUUAUGUGCAAACAAAAAGAGAUCAACUCAAUCCUAUUGAUGUAGAGGUACAGACUAUGCAACCAGUUAUACCUGUAGCGUCAGUUAAUUUGAAUAAAACUGUUGACACAGCAACUCAGAAUGAGAAUGAAGUAGAAAUUCAAAUUGCGAAUACUAUAAAAAUGAUUGAAGCACAAAAAAUAACGUUUGCUCAGCUACAGAAUGAUGUUAAACAUGUUGAGGCUCAAUUAGUUCAAACACGAGCGUUAAAAGAUCAAGAAGAUGCCGUACUCAAAGAGAAUCUGAAUACUUUGAAGAUUAAAUCGCGUACAUUGACAGUGCUCUCUAAAGAAGAGAAUAUGACAAAGUUGAAAACUUUAGUCGAAAAUGGGAAUGAAAGACUUUUAGACCUUGCGAAUCAGUGGAACGAAGUUCAAACACCGUUGAUUGAACAAUAUCGCUCUUUAAAAACGAGUGUCAGCCAACAAGAACUGAAGCAACAAGAAGAGCAAGAGAAACUCAAGUUGCUCAACGAGAAAGUUAAACAACUUGAUGACGAAUUAGUGUCCAAAGAGGGUUUGGAAUCUGUUUUGUUGGAGGAAGUAGCGAAGAUUAACAAAACCAAUUCGCGAAAUUCGUAUACUAAGCGCAUAAUGGAGAUUAUUGGCAAUAUAAAGAAACAGGAUUGUGACAUUGCCAAGAUUCUCAAAGAUACGAAAGAUGUGCAAAAAGAAAUUAAUACUCUUUCGGGUCAAUUAGACAGAUCUUUCACUUUGUCUGAUGCGUUGAUUUUCAAGGAUGCUAAGUUUGAUGAGGUUGCGAGAAGGAGUUAUAAACUGCUGGCGACGCUGCACAUGGAUUGUGAGGCAAUUGUUCAGGCGGUAAGCGACGUCGGACUAAUGGAACGUGAGUGUCGUAAUGUGGAGGAGCAAAUCGAUGCGGAGUCGAAUCGGGAAGUGGCCACGAAGUUGAAACGAGUAAUGAAUGAUAUCGAACAGUUGCGAAAUGAAGGUGCCAAGUAAUUUUCUGCUAACUUGUAUAUUUUUUCAAAAUUGUAUGUCUAACAACAACACUUUUAUUAAUUCCAUUAAAAUGUGCAUAUUAUCUAUGAAUGCAGAUUAUUUUAAAUAUAUUUUAAUUGGAUUA